AUGUCUACUUUCAACCAUGAGCGAAUUUGGAUGGAUAUUAACGCAUUACGGUCGGCUCGCGUGUCCCUGGAAGACGCGCACAAUCAUGCCCUGUGUCGUGAGACAUGGGGUAAUAAGUUGAUCGAGAAUCAGCUACUCCUAGUCAAGUUUUUCGAGAUGGCGCUCCUUUUUGAAACUUGCCAUUCGCUCAUGGAGAAUGUGGUACAGGGCUUUCGUCUAGUGUCCGCGUCAGAUGUGGAGUUUGGAACGUGCACCGCGAUCCUGAAGGUACAGGCAGCUCGCACUUUGGAGAAGGUAAACCGAGAGGCACAGCAAGUAUUUGGGGGUCUUGGAUAUUCUCGGUGGCGCCGGUGGUAG